GGUCGGUUUGCCCUUCGCUCACUUCAAACCCAUGACAGAAUCGUGCGGGCGGUCUAGUGGCUAACAAGUUGAGUGAAUAUCGGCGUUAUACAGACAAACAGAAAGCGUCUUUACUGUAACUGUGUACGUUUAUUUUUUUUAAUCAUCCAAACUUUAAUACUGGACCAAACAUGGCGCCGCUGCUGUGAGGAGGACGGAAGCGUCUGAAACAGUGAACACUUAAAAAAUAAACAUUCAAACGUCGUCAGCUAACAGUUAGCAGACAGACAAACGUCCCCGGAGGACUGACUGAAUAUUCACACGCAGCUUUUUCCUUCCGUGAGCCGGUCAGACAAGCUCCCGACAGACAGACCCUCAGCGAAGCUAGAGAUAUGCAGUCCUCAGAGCGGCACUGACACAACUGACUCUGGAUUAACACAACCAUGGAGUCCUCCUCUGAGUCCCAGCAGGAGCCUGAGAAAACUUUGCACCAUGCAGAGUUGAGAGAGCACCAUGCCACCUCCGCUGCCAUAGUGAGCGGUGAUGACACCGUCCUUCUGACCCCAGGCAGGAUGAGCCAGCGCCAGGUGAAGGAGCGGGACAAGGAGAGGGAGAAGGAGGCAGGCCUCCAAACCCCCAACAGGGAGCACGUCGCCAGCCCUUCUGCCCUCAGCCCGGGGGUCAGCUACAGCCACGGUUUCGAGAGAGGGAAGGAGGACCUUUUACCUCUGCCUUUGAAAGAGGACUCACAUUCCAUAUCUAAGAGCAAGUCUGAAACAAAGCUGUACAAUGGCUCAGAUAAGGACGUGUCGGCGUCUGGAGGAAAGCUCACCAAAAAGGAGUCCCUCAAGGUGCAGAAGAAAAACUACAGGGAAGAAAAGAAGAGGGCGACCAAGGAGCUGCUCAGCACCAUCACUGAUCCCUCUGUCAUCGUCAUGGCCGACUGGCUGAAGAUCCGCGGCACGCUGAAGAGCUGGACCAAGCUGUGGUGUGUGCUGAAACCAGGCGUCCUGCUCAUCUACAAAACCCACAAAAACGGCCAGUGGGUGGGAACGGUGCUGCUCAAUGCCUGCGAGCUCAUCGAGAGGCCCUCCAAGAAGGACGGCUUCUGCUUCAAGCUCUUCCACCCGCUGGAGCAGUCCAUCUGGGCCGUCAAGGGUCCUAAAGGAGAAGCAGUUGGCUCCAUCACUCAGCCAUUACCCAGCAGCCACCUCAUCUUCCGUGCUGCCUCUGAGUCUGAUGGUCGAUGCUGGAUGGACGCCUUAGAGCUGGCCCUGAAGUGCUCCAGCCUGCUGAAGAGGACCAUGAUCCGCGAGGGGAAAGAGGACGUGAGCACAGUUGUCACUGGAGGGGAACACUCCAUCAAUUUUUACAGCCUCCUCCGAGCCCACAACAUCCACGGAUUCCAGUUCAAUGACAGCGACCACUUGAAAGACCCAGACCUGUACUCAGACAAGUCAGACAGGGAGGGUGAACAGGACCACGAGGAGUCCGACCCAGAAGGCUUGGAGAAGAGUGAGGAGAGUGACAGCGACACGUCAGAGCGCCAAGACGACUCAUACAUCGACCUGGACCCUAAUGAACACCUGCGGGAAACCCCGUACCUGGAACAGUCCCACGAGGAACUCGGAGAGGCUGGUGAGGCUGCUCAGACAGAGACGGUAUCAGAGGAGAACAAGUCUCUGAUCUGGACUCUGCUAAAGCAGGUGCGACCUGGCAUGGAUCUGUCCAAGGUGGUGCUGCCCACCUUCAUCCUGGAGCCGAGGUCCUUCCUGGACAAACUCUCAGACUACUACUACCACGCAGACUUCCUGUCUGAGGCUGCGAUCGAAGAGAACGCCUACAACCGCAUGAAGAAGGUGGUGAAGUGGUACAUCUCUGGAUUUUACAAAAAGCCAAAGGGGCUGAAGAAGCCUUACAAUCCCAUUAUUGGAGAGACUUACCGCUGCAUGUGGCUCCACCAGAAGACCAACAGCAAGACCUUCUACAUCGCAGAACAGGUAUCCCAUCAUCCUCCAGUGUCAGCCUUCUAUGUCAGCAACAGAAAGGACGGCUUCUGCCUCAGUGGCAGCAUCCUCGCCAAGUCCAAGUUCUAUGGAAACUCCCUGUCGGCCAUAUUAGACGGAGAGGCUCGACUCACCUUUCUCAACCGAGGAGAGGACUACGUGAUGAACAUGCCGUACGCUCACUGCAAAGGCAUCCUGUACGGCACCAUGACCCUGGAGCUGGGCGGUCAGAUCACCAUCGCGUGUGAGAAGACGGGCUACAGUGCUCAGCUGGAGUUCAAACUGAAGCCAUUCCUGGGCAGCAGUGACAGUGUCAAUCAGGUCUCCGGAAAGAUCAAGCUGGGAAAGGAGGUGUUGGCUACGCUAGAAGGACACUGGGACAGUGAGAUCUUCAUCAAUGACAAGAAGACGGGGACGAUGGACACUUUCUGGAACCCGACGCCAGAGCUGAGGCAGAGUCGAUUAACUCGCUGCACCGUCCCACCAGAGGAGCAGGGAGACCUUGAAUCUGAAAGACUGUGGCAGCACGUGACCCGGGCCAUCAACAACAAGGACCAGACCGAGGCCACCAACGAGAAGUUCAUCCUGGAGGAAGCUCAGAGGAAGUCUGCCCGUGAGCGCAAGGCCAAAUGUGAGGAGUGGAUCUCCGCCCUCUUCGAGCAGGACCCCGUCACCGGAGAGUGGCAUUACAGAUAUGCCGACACGAGGCCGUGGGAUCCGCUCAACGACCUGAUCCAGUUUGAAAAAGAUGGCUGUAUCCAGACCAAGGUCCGACACCGCACCCCUAUGGUACGUUCUGGCAGUCUUAUUAGUCUGAGUAACCAGGGGCCGCGGAGGGACAAUUGCAAGUGCCAGGUAACGGUGCCAAAGAGGAAACACAAGAGCGACAAGCCCAAGAGCCCAGAGAGCGGCUGCUCUUCACCUGAACCAGACCGCCAAGACUCGUCUGGCAGUGAACGACACAAAAGCAAGCAUAACAGUCGGCUGAGGAAAAAAGGAGCGGACCUCAGUGAACUUCAAAGUGCCAUUGAAUCUAUAAAGCAGACGCAGGAGGAUAUCAACAGGAGCAUCAGUGUCCUGCGGAGUCGUGCGGCAGGCCGGACGGAGAGCAGUUCUUUCCUCCAACAGCGCGACUACGUCAUCAUUGUUUUCCUCAUCCUCCUUCAGGUCCUGAUCAACUAUGUCUUCAAGUAGCAGCCAUACACUGAAGAGAGAGUGAUGCCCUCACACACACACAAACACACUCGCUCAACUCUCUGGGGGGACUUAGAGACGCGAACUUUGACCUCUCACAAUAAGCGACAGCCCCCUCCAACUCUCUUCUUCUUCGUCUUUAUUAAAUCCAACCACAUGAAAAGAGACUUUUUUUUAAAAAUAACUUGUUUAUUUUUAACCAGUCCAUUCCAAAACUCUGGGGAGAUCCACAGAUUUCAAAGCAGAGAGGAGCAGCGGUAAGGAGGUGCUGGAGGUGAGAUGGUGUGAUGAAGUCUCGACUGCCACUCUGGAGCUCACUGAUUAGCCUUGAUGUAAGAGGCAAAGACAGCAGCCAUUUUUUUUUAGCUGUUGUGUGUUUUUUGUUUUCCAAUGGCGUGAAACUCUGUUAAUUCACAUUUCACCUCAAACGACAGGGAACCUUGUAACACGGAGGCGAGUCCCACGACUCAGAUGGUAACACAGAUUCAAAAAAACAACUUUAAUUUUAAUGUUUGUUUUUUUUAAUCAUUUUGUUUCUUUGCUCGGUGUGUCCAGGUCUGCUUGCAACAAAAAGCGGUGAUAAGGGAGAGAAAAACAAAAGUGGUCCAAUUUAUGUGACUUUUAUUUUUUUAUGAUCAGAUAAUUUUCCUAUCGGCUGGGGAAUUGGACGAGGAAAACGAAUAACACAAACAAUAUGUCAAAAAGAACAGAAGCUAUCAUUUCUGCUGUAUGAUUAAAAGUUCACCUUUUGCAUACAAAGUCAAUGUUUCAAGAAAAAAAGUCUGAUGUAUGAUACAAUGUUAUUGUAUUCAGUAGGUAGCAUGUACAGACACAGGAGUGUGGUUAGGACGUGUACAGUAUUUUGUCUUAAGGCACAAAUGCACUGGAAACAUCAGUUCUUUGUGUUGUUGAUACUGUCAUCGGAAUACUUUAACAUUUCUGCUCUGACGAGCUUUGGAGGAUCAGCAGAGGCUCCAGAAAAAUCCGAUUUUCUUGUGAUUUUGUUUUCAUGAGCUUCAGUGACCACUGCCCUAGUUUCAGGUGAAGGGAGUUGAUAUGUUUUUAAUCAAAGUCAGCAAAGCUAUGUGAUGUACUCUUAAAAACUGCCUUCUUAGACCUAAUAGCAAGCUGAAGGAAUGAAAUAAGAAAUUAAAACUUAUUGGCUUUCUUGCUGAGAAGAUUAAUACCUAUUUACUGGCCUUGGCCUGUCCAAACGUAAUCCACCUACGAGUUUCUCCAUAGCUCAAUAAUUAGCACGUUUUGCCUUGGUUUAAUUGUACGCAAAACAAAGUGUAAAAGCGACACAUAUUGAUGUGAAGGGAGUUUCAUAUGAAGCUAUUUCUUAUCACCACCAGCUAAAAAAUAGCCCAGAACAUACAGUCCAUAGCCACAACGUGUCAUUUCUGCACGUUGGUUUUUGUACUAAUUAAAUCAAUUAGAUACAGUGUUAAUUAUUGAGCUUUGGCAGUGCUGGGUAGGUGGGUAUGUUUUUUUACCUUUGGAUGGAGUCAGGCUGGCUAUUAUGCUAAGCUAGUCUUUAUGCUAAGCUAAGCUAACUCACUGCAAGAAAGUGAAUAAGUGCAUUUACCAAAGUAAACUCUUAUUAUUAAAUUUGUUAUUUAAAUUGCAGGUAAGUAACCAUGUAGACAAAUAUAAAGUGCAUAGACCAGCUGUCUCAAGAACAGUCUCCAAAUAUAAACUCCAGACCAAGCCAUGGAAAAUCAAUUCCUUAACACUCGCUUAGUUAUUGACUCCAGCACCAUUCUUGCUAAAUCAAAUCCAGUGCAUCAAUCAUCGCUUCCAGUGUUUUUGCGCCUCAGCUGUCCACCAGGAAAACUAGAAUAUAUUCUUUAGUAAGCUACUAGUGUGUGAGGAGGAGAUAGACUUUUUCUAAUUACUACUAUCAUCAUAGUAAACCAUUCCAAAUGUACGCAAGAACCAGCCAAACUCAGUGUGUAGAGUAGGAGUUGACCCCGUUCACUGUGUAAAUAUCCGACGGGGUGACUCGUUCCUAACGAGUAGCGCGUGGCGUUUCAACACCAAGGUUCGCAAUACAGACACUCCCGCGCUCUGUGCACAAGCCAGUCUUUUCAACCUUGUGUGUCUUUCUGUCCACUGCUCUGUAGAUACACAUGGACAUGGGCAAAAAAAAACAAAACAAAAAACAGAUUAGUGGGGUACACAAUUAGACUCCCAUCGAAAAUAUAUAUUCAUAUGGUAGUUGCUGUAGUAGUGGCAGAAUUAAGAAGAAAAAUAACUUUUUAGUAUAUAUUGUGGUUCUAAUCUGUUGCCUUCCUCAUUGGAAACAUGGAUUUUGAAAUUUGAAAGUCUCAGAAACUAUACACUUGGCAUCAAAGUUCAGAAAUUAAUGGUGGGCAUAGCAUCCUGAAUAUUUACAGACUUAUGCGGACUAUUAUUUAUGAGGACUUUGAAUUAUGAGGACCGACUAAGUUAAGGGCUGUGUUUAGCACUAUUACCCAGAGAAACAAACUGGUCCAAGCUAGAUUGUCAACGAAAAAGUUAGUUUUGACCCUGUAUCUGUUUCCAGUAUCAGCCAAGGAUGAAGGCAAUAUAUUAGAAUCAAUACCUGACCUUUUUACCACACGGUCUGUCAGGAUUUUAAGAUGCAAGUAAGGUAUUACUAAUUGAGACAACUCAAAAAGAUUCCAAAACUACUUAUGGACCAUAACUGAAUAUUGAUUUUGUAUAUCUGUUCGCCUGUUCUGAUGUUAGCCUUGUCAACGUUUACAUAUCUGAUUGCCUCCGCCGUCAGCAGACUGUUGAGUGAUGCAAACUUUGGAACGCUAACACAGGUAUAAAGAAAAACUGGUAGCAUCGUCGGGAGCCAGCUGUACCCCUGUAAGUUACCCGGCUGGCCCGUGUGUAUCUGUACGUGUAUUUUGUGUAUCCUCAUUGCCUCGAUCGCUCAUCUUAAAUAGAGAAUCCAGAUGUUAGAAUGUGGAGAAAUAAGUAUAUACCAGUGCCUUCUAGAGUCGGACUGGGGAGGGGGAAGAUAGGGGGUUUAGCAGAGGUAAUAGGAGGUCAGCAGGGAUGUGGUGGGUGUGGUGUGGAGCAUACAUACGUAGCCUGAGUCAAAGUCUCAAGGUGAACUAACGAUGAAGGGAAAGAUCUGGAAUAAAAGCACUGGUGGUGGUGGGGGGGACUUGGACCUGGACCCUGGUGGCAGUUAUCGUCACUUCAGCGUUUUAGAGCAGACGUGCCAUACGAAGCCUUAGAAACGAGUCUGACUCCUGCUCCACAGCUCGCCACUCCACCCAGCUCCUGCCUUCCCUCCUGAAGCGUCGCCAUAGUAACUUACUCGUAGGUUUCCGGAUGCUGAUUCCUGCCAGAGGAGAGAAAGGGAGGGAGAGAGACCACUCCUCUCCAUUGUCGUCCUUGUCCCUCUCUCGCUCUCUCACAAACCAAAUUCAGAUGGAAGUACACCUCUCUGCUGUCUGUUGUUGUUGCUGUAUCUGUAAAAUAAUGUUUUAUUUAUUCCUCUUUUGUAUGUCAGUUCAUGUUUGAUUUUUUUCUGCUUGUAAGAUUAGGUCACUGUUCUUUUUUCUUGUUUAACAUUUUUCAAUGCGGAUUUUAAAAUCACACUCUGUUGGUUUUAUUCCACUCCCCGUCACUUGAUGGCACACCAGAGACUGUCCUCAACUUGUGCACACUGUCAAUGUCAACUGCCCCCCCCCCCCCCACACACACACACACACACACACACACACACACACACACACACACACACACACACCUACCCUUUUGCCUAUCUGAGUACCUGAAUAUAUUUACUGUAUUUCCAUGGCAACUAUAACUUCCUAGAAGUUUAUAGUCACAUGUAACAUAACAGAAUAAAAACAAAUGACACACCGGG